UAUCAUCUCCAGCGCUCUUUCAGCUCGCGGGCGGACCUCCUUUUCUCCCCCCCCAGCGCUCAGUCACUGGACGGUUGAUGCAGACUUUUCCCCCUCAUCUUGAGCGGCGGGCGCAAUUGUCUCAGGUGCAGGCAGCUGAAGGCUCCUCCGGGCUCAUGGCAGCUAUACUGUGGAGCUCUAUCCCCCCGAGUCAGCGAGUCAGCCUUCUUCCCCUUUCCCCCUGGAGCCCCUCCUUCGGAAGACUCAGAACCCACAGCGGCGCUUGCAAUACUCUUUGAUGGAGGCCACCAACGUUCACCCUUCUAACCAGUGUCCCAUCCACCUCGCACGAGGUGUCGAUCGCUUCCUGCAUGGGCUACCCCCGGCUAGGCUGCCUCCCACCUGUGAUCGUUGUGCUACAGCUCUGGAUCCAUCGGCGGGAAGCAGUGUCUCUCAUUUGGCCAACUGUCGUCAUCGCGCUGCUCUCUGGACCACUGCACAUGAGCAGUGUACUGUGGUUCUUCGCGACAUUUGUGUGGAGGCUGGUAUCGUCACGAAGCUCCAUCAACAGGGACUGCGACACACCCGGACCCUCGUCCCUCAGCAUGGCCCCACCAACCGACACAUGGGCGACCUUUGGCUCCCUGGCCUCUCCACCCACACCUGGAAUGGGCUGGUUCUGGACUUCACGAUGACACAUCCCUACAACAGCAGCGGCAGCCCCGUCGGACUUUCUGCGCUCUCCGGCCCCGCCCAACAGAAGAUUUCCGAUCAUCGCGCAAGUUAUGGCACCCAUCACCCGCCGAAGGCCUUUCUUCCCUUCACUGCAGGUACGGAUGGUCUUCUUCAUGCUGACGCUUUGCGGUUUCUCUGGUACCUGGCGGAUCACCAUGGAGCUACGCUGACAGCGGAGUGGGAUGGAUGCGCUCAGGAGGCGGUGUAUGGGGACCCUGGCUUUCAUCGUUUGCGUGCUCGCCUGUUUCGGCAGUAUCGCUCUCGUAUGGGUCUUGCUAUCGGAUGA